AGAAAAAGGCUGCGAGCUUGCCUUCGCGUGGAAGACUUCAAGCCGGCCAAAGACUCCUUGUGGCAGCGGCGCUUGUCAGAACUCAUUCCUCCUCCUCCUGUCAUUCCAAUCCCAAUUUAACCCUGACCCUCUUUCCCUUCUUCCGGUCCCCAAACCCUAGCCACCACCGCCGGCGAUGGCGGGGGCGGCGGCCGACGGCCGGGAGAAGGUGAUCGCGGCGGCGCAGCAUAUCAUCAAGAGCCUCGCCACGUCCCCCAACGCCGCCGAGGACAUGCUCCGCAUCCUAUCCGGAUUCGACCACCGCCUCUCCGCCAUCCCCGACCUCUUCCGGUCCUCCGCUGCCCGCCUCGACGCCGCCGAGAAGGUCAUCCUCCACUGGGACGCGUCCAACGCCGACUCCUUGUGGGAAUCAUUCCCCGAUGACGCCGCCGAGUAUCUUGCCGCCGUCGACGAGGUCAUUCGCUUAGCGGGAGGUGGCGGCAGCGAAGACGACGACGACCUCUGCGGCCGAGCCGAGAGUGUGAUCCAGGUCGCCAUGGCCCGCCUCGAGGACGAGUUCCAGCACCUCAUCAACCGGAAUUCCGCUACCCUCGACGCCAAUUGCCUCCGAGAUUCCUUCGAAAGGUUCGCCCUUUCCUUUCCUUCUGAUUCCGGCAACCCCAUCGCCGAGGACUCGGACCCCUCAGUAGGAGGGGAGCAGCACGAGGCCAAUCCGGAGGAAAGAGGUGGGAAUUCCCCUUCAGACGAUCGGAGCUCCAAUUCGAUCCCUCCUGAGGUCAUCUCGGACCUCAAACAUAUCGCUGACCGGAUGAUCUCGACCGGCUACGGACGGGAGCUAUGCCAGGCCUACAUUGGCGCUCGGCGUGAAAUCCUGAAUGAGUGCCUCUCUGUUCUUGGAGUUGAUAAAUUGAGCAUCGAUGAGGUGCAGAGGAUCAAAUGGAAGGCUCUCGAUGACAAGAUGAAGAAAUGGAUUCGAAGUUUGAAGAUUGUUGUUAGAGUUCUUCUUCUGAAGGAGAGGAAGCUCUGCGAUCAGAUAUUUGCCGCCUCCGAUGAGCUCAAAGAGGAGUGCUUUAUAGAGGCCACCAAGGUUUGUGUCAUGCAGCUGCUCAACUUUGGGGAUGCUAUUGCUAUUGGGAAGUGGGCUUCGGAGAAGGUCUUCCGCAUACUGGGCAUGUAUGAGGCUCUUGCCGAUGUAUUGCCUGACCUCCUGUCCCUGCUCUCGGGGAAUUCGGAAGAGUUUAUUUUUCGGGAGGUUGAAGGGAAUCUUGGAAGGUUGGGGGAUGCAGUGAGGGGUGCGCUUGCCAGGUUUGGGAGUGCAAUUCAGAGGGAGACUUCACGGAAGCCAUUGCAGGGUGGAGAAAUCCACCCCCUGACCAAGUAUGUUAUGAAUUACAUUAGAUUGUUAGUGGGUUAUAGCAGCUCUCUUAAUGUGCUCCUCGCUGAUGGCGGAGAUAAUCCGGUAGGCGAUGAGAGCAUGACCCCAUUAAGCCAUUGCAUAUACGUGUUGAUCUCAGAUCUAGAAUGUAAACUCGAGGAAAAAUCCAAACUUUAUGAAGAUGAUGGUAUGCCAUAUAUAUUUUUGAUGAAUAACCUACUUUACAUGGUUCGAGAAGUUAAGGAUUCUGAACUGAAGAUACCGUUAGGAGAUGAUUGGGUCCGUAAAUGUAGGCGGCAAAUUCGGCAGUAUGCAACGAGCUAUCUCAGAGCUUCUUGGACUAAGGUCUUGUCUUGUUUGAAGGAUGACGGAUUGGGUGGGAGUGGAAGCUCUCAUAAUGCCUCCAGAGUGGCUCUCAAAGAGAGGUUCAAGAAUUUUAACUUGGCUUUUGAAGAGAUUUAUAGGACACAAACAAAGUGGAAGGUUCCAGAUUCCCAGCUUCGCGAAGAGCUGAGGAUAUCGAUAUCAGAGAAGGUCAUUCCCGCAUAUCGUUCAUUUGUGGGGAGGUUUCAUGGUCAAUUAGAGGGUGGGCGACAUGUUGCAAAGUAUCUGAAGUACACACCGGAGGAUAUAGAGAACUAUUUAGUGGAUUUGUUUGAAGGAUGUCCUUCACAGUCAAGCCAUCAUAGGAGAAAGCUUAGCUUAUAACAGUUGAGAUUCUGACCAAUUGUAAGCGCGGCUUUGUCAACUCUAGGAAGCCCCAGUUCAAGGAGUUUCUUCAUGCCCCAAUCUUCGAACCAGUGAAGCCCGACACAUUCUGCCAGCAUGUGAACCACUGCAGACUGUGUGAUGAUGUUGUCAAUCUUCGCUUCGCCU